CCCGCCAGUUAAAAGAAGAAGAAGACCGCAGAGUUCCUUUAUCCUUCACGAAGCUCACGUGUUUCCAGUGUAUAAUCUUUGAGAAAAGUCCGAUCAUGUCUGACUUCAGUUCUAGCUUUGAUAUGCCGUCAGCCGGUUUAUCUGAAAAUGCCGAUGCCGCGGAGCUUCAGCGUCUUAUUGCUGUAGAGCAACAGAAAGCGCAGUUUCAAGCGCAGGUUCAUAACUUCACGGAUGUAUGCUGGGAUAAGUGUAUGGACAAACCAAGUAGCAAGAUGGACUCGCGGACAGAGGCAUGUCUCGUUAGCUGCGUGGAGCGCUUCAUCGACACAACCCUCAGUAUCACGAACCGCUUUACGCAGAUGGUCCAGAAGGGCGCGCACUGAUUAAAGCACGGACUGUUCUUAAGGGCACUUUGCCCUUGUGUCUUGACCUUGCGUCUUGACCUUGCUGAUGUCCUGUUUGCAACCCUGUUGUACGUCGAAGGGAUUGUUUUACUGAUCUUUCUACAUGUUCUUCUUUGUGCGUGAUCCUAAAUUGACCCCAAGACCAUCAGCCUAUAUGAUAUUUGUGACGUAUGUUAUUACACUUGAGCAGAGAGCAUAGGGAUUUGCAAAAUUGCUGAAAAAAAACGUACUUAUGUCAAUACACCUAGUUUAAUUAGCAUGUAAAUCUAUGCUUGAAACUACCCAGUUUGAGAGUAUUUAGUGAAUAAAAAUGAAUUACUUUUUCUUUAGCAGUUUACCUGGUUUAUGAAUACACUUGUAGGGAAUCUGGAGGUUUGUUAUACAGAUUUCAUCAUACUGAAAUCAUGUCUUAAAUCUGAAAUGUGAUUAACAUCCCUGUGUUGACUAUUGGUGAAUUACUUCAUUGGUUUUGUGUGCCAAACACUGAUGCCCGUGAUUCACAUUACUGUCAAUGCAGAGAUUUAUUUAAGGGUUGUGUUGUCCAGAUGUGAAAAGAAAAAUGACUUUUUAUUCCACUGUUUCCUCGUAUGUUUAUUCUAUUUAACAGUCACAUGACACUACACUUUACUAAAAGUGGUAUUUGUCUAGAUGUUUUUUCUUACUAAUUUUACAUGAAUGUAAAAGUUUAUCUUAAUUUCAUUAACAGUCUGUUAAAUUCUAUAUUAAACAUAUUCUAUAUGA